AUGAGUAUCAUCAAAUUGGAAAAGGCUGACGUGAAAAUCAAUAAUGGCAACCCGGAGAAGCCACUAGAUCCCCCUAAAAGCAUUCCCGAUCCUUGGGAUGAGGAGCGUGUGGACUUGAGCAGUCUCCAACGAGACUCCAUUGAUAGUCAGCCUGCCUUGAAUGCGGAACACCGUACCAAGAAAGAUAAACAAUCUGCUGAUUUCAUAGGUCCCACAAGGGACUUUGCUGUUCCCUGGCAAGACAUCGGCAUUGAUCUUUGCCGGGCGACAACUCCUCAUCGAAGAGGCGAGGAAGAAGCAUUGAGAAUACUAGGGGAAUGUAUUAAAAACGAGGAUUAUAUCGGCAGGUUUGAAAAGCCCAAUACAUCGCCAGUUGAUUUCAAGCCCCAGUCAACCACAUUAGUAUCCCCUCAUCUUCAUUUCGGCUCGCUGUCCGUGCGGAGGUUUUGGUGGGAUGUCCAAGGGGUUCUGGAGAAAAGGCGGAAGGCCAAAAAGCCAGUCUCGACUGUGCCUACUAAUCUUUCUGGUCGGCUGCUCUUCCGCGAUAUGUACUUCGCCGCCCAGGCACCUCUUGGGCACUCAUUCUCGCAUACAUAUGGAAACGAGGUUGCUAGAUUCGUCGAUUGGCAGCUUCUAACAAACCCUCCCAUUCAGGAUGUGUUAAUUGACGGGUCCUACGAUGUGGAUUCGCAAGAAGCGGAGAAAUGGUUUCAACGAUGGAAGGAGGGUCGCAGCGGAUUCCCAUGGAUCGAUGCUUUGAUGCGCCAGCUGAAGCAGGAGGGCUGGAUCCAUCAUCUAGGAAGCCACAGCGUUGCCUGCUUUCUGACUCGAGGCGGGUGUUAUGUAUCAUGGGAGCGGGGUGUAGAGGUUUUUGCAGAAUUGUUGAUUGAUCGUGAGUCUUCGUCGUCCAAACGAUUCCGACGAGAACUAACAAUGGACGGCAGACGAAGUCGCCUGCAACGUGGGAAUCUGGAUGUGGCUCUCCUGUACGGCAUUUUUCGCUCAAUUUUACCGCUGCUACUCGCCUAUUGCAUUCGGAAAGAAGUGGGAUCCAGAAGGCUCCCUUAUCAGAAGAUAUUGUCCCGAACUGGCUAA